CAACGAGCAGUUGGCCGAGCAGACCCAGACCCUGGCUGAGCAGCGCGACGCCAUGGAUCGCAAGAAUAUCGAGCUGAACCAGGCCCAACUGGAGCUGGAAGACCGCGCCGAAGAGUUGCAGCGUUCAAGCAAAUACAAGUCCGAAUUCCUCGCCAACAUGUCCCACGAGCUGCGUACGCCACUCAAUAGUUCACUGAUCCUGGCCAAAUUGCUGGCGGAAAACCCCCAGGAAAACCUCAGUGCCGAGCAGGUCAAGUUUGCCGAGUCGAUCUACUCGGCGGGCAACGAUCUGCUUAACCUGAUCAACGACAUCCUGGAUAUUUCCAAGGUCGAAGCCGGCAAGCUCGAAGUACGCCCGGAAAAUUCCAGCGUGGCACGUCUGGUGGACGGUCUGCGGGGGAUGUUCGAACCGCUGGCGUCCGAUCGCAAGCUGGGUUUCCAGGUGGAGGUGCAAGAGGGGGCGCCGGCCAUGCUGUUCACCGACCGCCAGCGUCUGGAGCAGAUCCUCAAGAAUCUGCUGUCCAACGCGAUCAAGUUCACCGAGCAGGGCCAGGUGAGCCUGUCGGUGUCCGGCGCGGCCGAAGGCGGGAUUGUAUUCACGGUGCGCGAUUCCGGGAUCGGCAUCGCCCCGGACCAGCAAGAGAGCAUCUUCGAAGCCUUCCGCCAGGCCGACGGCACCACCAACCGCCGUUACGGCGGCACGGGCUUGGGCCUGUCGAUUUCCCGCGACCUGGCCACCUUGCUCGGUGGUUCGAUCCACGUCACCAGCGAACCGGGCAAGGGCAGUGUGUUUACCCUGACGUUGCCGGAACAGUACAAGAUGCUCAAGACCGCCCGCAGCCGCGACAAGGUGUUCGAAGGGCGCAAAAUCCUGUUGGUAGACGACGAUGUACGCAACAUCUUCGCCCUGACCAGCGCCUUGGAGCACAAAGGCGCGGUGGUGGUGAUCGGGCGUAACGGCCGUGAAGCCAUCGACCGCCUCAAUGAGGUCGAGGACAUCGACUUGGUGCUGAUGGACGUGAUGAUGCCGGAGAUGGACGGCUACGAGGCCACGGCGCUGAUCCGCCAGGACCCGCGCUGGAAGAAGCUGCCGAUCAUCGCUGUGACUGCCAAGGCCAUGAAAGACGACCAGGAGCGCUGCCUCGCGGCCGGCUCCAAUGAUUACCUGGCCAAACCGAUCGACUUGGAUCGUCUGUUCUCGUUGAUUCGCGUAUGGCUGCCGAAGAUGGAACGCAUUUAAGUGGAGCGAAGUUUUUUGGAAAAA